AAUUACGGGUCGCCGUCCGGGUCAAUCUGUACUCCUAGCUAGCUAGCUAGCUAGCUAGCAUUUUGCUAGCAUUAGCUAUAUUCAUUUAUACGCUUUUUAACACACUUGCUAAAGGUAAAUAUUUAAAUAAUAUGUCGUAUAAUAUAGUUAUUUAUUAUCUAAUACACAGUAAUUUAUUACAAAGCAAAUAAUUGUUUUGUUUGGAAUAUUUAACAGUUUGGUUAGCAACUAUAAAUUAGCCUAGCUAGUCGGUGUUCGUUCACUCGUUGUGAAAAUGGCUGCUGCUGUCCUGCAAGUACGAGUCAACCAGACUCUGAGAGCACAGCUACAGAAGCUGAUAUGGAGCAGAGGAGCAGUCAGACACGCCUCUGUGGGGAGGAUAGAGAAAGUCCUCAUCGCAAACCGAGGAGAAAUAGCAUGCAGAGUGAUGCGCACAGCAAAAAAGAUGGGUGUUCGUUCUGUGGCUGUUUAUAGUGAUGCUGACAGGCACUCCAUGCAUGUGGCCAUGGCAGAUGAAGCGUACCAUAUUGGAGCAGCACCAUCACAACAGAGUUAUUUAUGCAUGGAGAAAGUUCUAGAAAUUGCCAAGAAAUCCUCUGCACAGGCUGUACACCCCGGAUAUGGCUUCCUGUCUGAGAACACAGAGUUUGCUGAACUGUGCAAACAAGAAGGCAUCAUCUUCAUCGGGCCUCCAUCAUCAGCGAUUCGUGAUAUGGGCAUCAAGAGCACAUCCAAAUACAUAAUGUCCGCUGCGGGCGUUCCCAUCAUUGAGGGUUACCAUGGAGAGGACCAAUCAGAUGAGAAGCUUCAAGCUGAAGCUGCCAGGAUUGGUUAUCCUGUUAUGAUCAAAGCCGUACGAGGUGGAGGCGGGAAGGGAAUGCGUAUUGCUCGCUCGGAAGCAGAAUUUCAUGAGCAGCUAGAAUCUGCCAGAAGAGAAGCUCUCAAGUCAUUCAACGAUGACGUCAUGCUGGUGGAGAAGUUUGUGGACAACCCCAGGCAUGUGGAGGUGCAGGUGUUUGGGGAUCAACAUGGUAAUGCUGUGUAUCUGUUUGAGAGAGACUGCAGUGUGCAGAGGAGACACCAGAAGAUCAUAGAAGAAGCACCUGGGCCUGGGAUUAGUCCAGAAGUGAGGCGUAAACUGGGAGAAGCCGCAGUCCGGGCAGCUAAAGCAGUAAACUAUGUGGGAGCAGGCACUGUGGAGUUCAUCAUGGACUCUCAGCACAAUUUCUACUUCAUGGAGAUGAACACUCGAUUGCAGGUGGAGCAUCCCGUGUCUGAGAUGAUCACUGGUACAGACCUGGUGGAGUGGCAGCUCAGGGUGGCCGCUGGAGAGAAGCUUCCUCUCUCUCAGGAUGAGAUCGUGUUGCAAGGUCACUCGUUUGAGGCUCGAAUCUAUGCUGAAGACCCCAAUAACGACUUCCUGCCCGGAGCCGGACCGCUGCUGCACCUUUCCACACCACAGGAGGAGACCCAAACACGCAUCGAGACCGGAGUACGGCAAGGAGACGAGGUUUCAGUUCAUUAUGACCCGAUGAUCGCUAAGCUGGUGGUUUGGGGAGAGGAUCGCUCAGCUGCUCUGAAGAAACUGCGUUACUGUUUACGGCAGUACAAUAUUGUGGGUCUCAACACCAACAUCGACUUCCUGUUAAGUCUUUCGGGUCAUGCGGAGUUUGAAGCAGGAAACGUUCACACCAGCUUCAUCCAGCAGCACUAUGAUCAGCUGUUUCCCAAACCGACUGCACCGGGAGGAGACAUCGUGUGUCAGGCCGCUCUCGGACUUCUGCUGCAGGAGAGAGAACACACACUGGAGUUUCUGCAUCAGUCACAUGAUGUGUUCUCUCCUUUUGGCUCGGGUAACGGGAGUCGGCUCAACGUGCUCUACUGCAGGAACCUGACGCUACAGCUGGGGGAAAACAAAGUUACAGUAGCUGUGACCUACAAUCCAGAUGGGACCUACAGAAUGGAGGCUGGAGGCCAGGUGUUCCAGGUGUCAGGUGAGCUGCAGAAAGUAGGCGGAGCCACAUACCUGCACAGCUGCGUAAAUGGAGUUCUGUCUCGACCCAAACUGGUCAUACUGGACAACACGGUUCAUCUCUUCUCCAUGGAGGGCAGCGUGGAGGUGAAAGUGCCUUUACCGAAGUUCUUGGCUGGUGUGAGUUCCUCUGGGGCACAAGAUGGUGCUGUGGCACCCAUGACUGGAACUAUUGAGAAGGUCCUUGUGAAGGUCGGAGAUGCUGUGCAGAAGGGAGAUCCUCUCAUGGUGAUGAUCGCAAUGAAGAUGGAGCACACGAUCAGAGCUCCUAAAGCGGGUGUCAUUAAGAGGGUCCUGUUUAAAGAAGGUUCACAGGCCAGUCGUCACGCAGCUCUGGUGGAAAUGGAGGAGGAACAGGAGGAAGAAGCACAAUCCUGAACAGAGCGCGAGUGUUUCUCCGAUAGACUUCACAUGUACAGGCAGCGGAUACUAACUUGAGCUCUUCAGCGCUGUAAAGUGGCAUAAUGACAGGAACUCUUAUUGUUAAUGUUAUUAGUUACUGUUCGCACAAAUCCUGAGGUUCUAAUAAUUUAACCCAAAGUUCAACACUAAUGGUUAACUGCUGGCAGAAGGUUUCUGACAUUUGUGUGAAAACAAAAAAACA